CUCCCCUAAUUUGUUCGAUUUCGACUUCGGGGUUGCAAGGCUGAGCAGGAAAAGCGAGACGGACAUUAAUAAGAAUUUGAUACUUCACUCUGAUACUAUCUCCUCGUUUUAAGAGGCGCCCAUUCACUUCUCUUCCUCUCUUCUGAUUCCAAUGGCCACGCUCAAGGUGUCGAACAUCGACACACUAGAGGAAAAGCCUGUCGUUGGUCAAGCGAUUCCUAGUAAUGAAGCUGGAGAAGAUCAAGAGCCGAUACCCGUUAUUGAUUUUUCCCUGUUGACCUCGGGCACUCCGGAUCAACGUUUGGCAGUCAUACAGGAGCUCAAAAACACGUGCCAGAACUAGGGCUACUUUAUGGUCAUCGGUCACGGGAUUGACAAGGACCUGAUGAACGAUAUACUAGAUUGCUGCAGGGAGUUCUUCGAUCUAGAGGAGGAGGAGAAGAGUGAAUAUAAGGGGAAGCACAUGUUGGACCCCAUCAGUUAUGGGGCCAGCACCGAUGACCCUGCAACGGCAGUCUUGUUCCGGAGGAAUUAUCUCAAAGUCAUGGUUCACCCAGAAUUUCACUCCCCAAGCAAACCAGCACGAUUUAGCAAAGUGCUAGCUGAGUACUCUAAAGCCAUACGGGGAGUUGUGAGGGAACUACUUGGAGGAAUAUUGGAGAGCUUGGGGCUUGAAUCCUCUUAUAUGGAUAGGGCUUUCAAUCUUGAAUCAGGCCAAAUGUUGUCCGUGGCAAACCAAUACCCACCAUGUCCACAGCACGAACUUGCGAUGGGUUUGCCUCCUCAUACAGACCCCGCCCUAUUGACUGUGCUCAUACAGAACGGGACUGACGGACUUCAAGUUCAACACAAGGGCAAAUGGCUCAAUGCGUCUAUUGUUCCCGGGGAUUUAUUUGUCAACAUCAAUGAUCAGCUUGAGAUUUUUACCAAUGGAAAGUACAAGAGCGUCAUUCAUCGAGCAAUUGUCAACAACAGAAAAACGAGGCUUUCCAUUGCUAUGGCAAACGGGCCAUCACUGGAUACAAUCAUUAACCCCGCCCCCGAGCUGCUAUGUAGUGUAAGCCAGCCAGCAGCCUAUGCUGGAAUGAAGUACAAGGAUUAUCUCGAGAUUAGAGAAUGUAUUAGGCUAGUGAAGGUAAUUAAGUCGUGAACCUCUAGGUUCGCAGGGUUAAAUAAAAUGUGACCAUAUGUCUAGUGUGAAUUUCUUCAGAAUGUGUGGAAAACAUUCGAAUAAGGUGAUAUCAAAGUGAAUAUCAUUUUUUCUGAAUAAUAUCAAACUGAAUAUCAUGAUUUAGAGAAAGAGGGUUUAGUGAAGCAACGCCACUUAAUGACCUAAUAGUUUUUCAGCUUGAUUCUUGUAUGUGGGAUUGCAUGUUCUUUUUAUUUAGUUUUCCUCUCCGUUUCUUUAUA